AUGGUAGGUUUGAGAAAUAAUUGAAAUAUUGGUUUACAAAGUUAUCAUAUUGGAACUUUGUAGGGAUAAAAAGAAGCUUUUUUAACACAUUUUAUUUUGUUGACCAAAUAGAGUUGAAGUUUUUUUAGCCAAAAUUGUGAAAGGCGUCAAUUUUCGUCAAAUUCCGAGCUAAAAAUCUUGAUUACCCCAACACAGCGCGAGACAUAAGUCACGUAUAUGGAAACCCUUCAUCAAAAUUUCUUCCGAAUUUCAUUACAUUCAAGUUAUCGCCUCCUAGCCACCUCUUAACCUGUAUUUUUCAUGCCAAUUAUUGUCAUAAAAUCCUUGUAAUCCUUCCAGGUGUGGUUCCGAAUUCUCUCCACUGCCAACAUUUUUGUAUAUUUUCUAAUAUUUUCACUAUACCGUCCGAGACUGUUGGAAGCGCAGAGGUACUACUAUCACGCCUUCCCUGAAGUCUUUAUCUAUCCAUUUUUGUGCCUCUUCUAUGCGACAAUUGCCCUCGGAUUUAGCAAAUCGUUGGUGAAGAUGAAGGAAAUCCCGAUAUUGAAUUCACUUCUGUUGAAUGCGGAGAACAUUCCGUUUUUUGUUGUAAGUAAUUUUACUACAUACUUGAAAAUAUUACAACCUAUAAAUUAUAUGUAUGCUGAAAAACUGGUCUAUAUACUUAAUAAAACACUUCAGUUUUCCUCCUUACUAGUGCCAGUGGUCUGGUGUUGGAUCUUCAUCCCAGCCUUUUACUUCUUUGUCAUGUUGAUGACCGCGCACGCAGUGGUUUGUUACAUAUUCUACUCAAUGGCUGCCUGUUAUCUGGCCACGGGAUACUGUUGGUUGUCCAAGAAAAAAAGCGGAACACACCCCGAGGAUUCUGAAUUCUUCUAUUGGCACAGUCUACUGCUUCCUGUAAAGGGUCGAAGUGUAAAUGACAAGCUCAGAUUGGUAAGAAAAAGCAAUCUUUUCUCAAGAUUUGAAACUUUGCAGAUCUUAUCCAUCAACUGUCUGAUUCCCUCUUGGUUUUUUGUAAUCGCCGAAAUUGUGUUUUGGAUCGAAGUGAAGAAACUGGAAUGGGUGUUUAUCUGGCUUCUGAUUGCCUCUUUCCGCCUCUACGAAUUGAAGUUUUUCAUUGGCAAGGACAAGAAUGCGUUCUGUUAUUCCAUGGUAAUGAACCAUAUUAUAAAAUAUCGCAGCGGCGGACCUGAUCCAGUGGGAAAAAAGUUCCGUUUUGCAUCUGGGAAGUAUCAAAAAAUGUGGCAAAAUGCCUCCCCCUCCAAUUGAGAAAACAUUGUUUUGAAGAGCGCGCCUUUUCCCUCAUAAAAAGAGCUGACGCGCUUUUAAAAUCGGAGUCUUUCACUUGCAAAUGGAGGUAUUUUGCCACAUUUUUGAUAAUUCCGUGAUGCAAAAUGGUUUCUUUUUUGUAACUGGAUUAGGUCCCCCACUGUACAGUGAAGGGUCUGAUCCAGUGGACAAAAGUUCCAUUUCGCAUCCAGGAAGUAUCAAAAAAUGUGGCAAAAUGCCUCCCUCUUUAACUGAAAAAACUCCGUUUUGAAUUUCCCUCACAAAAAGAGCGGGCAGACUUUUGAAAUCGGAAUUCUUUAACUUGGGAAGGGUGGUAUUUUGUCAUAUUUUUUGAUGCUUCCCGGAUGCAAAAUGGUACCUUUUUUGCCACUGGAUCAGGCCCGACACUGUAGGACUUCUGAGCAAAGACGUAUCUGUUUAUUUCAGCUUUUAAUUGCAAUCCUAAGCUUUAUGAUGGCCAUAGUCACGGCGAACAAUCGUACAGCCGAGUUUAGAGAUGUUCUUAAGUUCCUGAUACCCGCUGUAAUCAGUUUACCGUUGGCCGCAUUGGACAUUUGGUUCUUCACAAAGUACAAGAGCAAUGACGAAGGGAAUUCGAACAUUGCUCAGAUGCUAUUCAAGUAA